UGAGGCGCGCGGCCUGGCGGGCUUGUAACGGCUGUUGGGCAAGCUGUGGAACUGGCCCACUGUCCACUGCAGACGUGGUGGCCGCAGUCGGUGUCCCCCAAGUGAGGGAUUUCGUCUCCCGCUUUCAGGCUUCCUUGGCUCAGAUAACUGUGAUGGCCAUGCAGGAGAAAUACCCAGCUGAGAGGAUCUCUCACACCACUUCACCAGGUUCCAGUGUGAUUCAGAAGGGCGGUUCCCUGGGGACUGAAUGGCAGACCCCAGUUAUUUCGGAGGCCUUUCGGAGCCGUUUCAGCCGCUGUUCAAGUGUAGCUGACAGUGGGGACACAGCCGUUGGCACUUCAUGCUCAGACAUCGCAGAGGAUUUUUGCAGCUCAAGUGGCAGCCCUUCUUUCCAGCCCAUCAAAAGCCAUGUAACCAUUCCAACAGCCCAUGUGAUGCCUUCUACUUUGGGGACCUCUCCUGCCAAGCCAAAUUCUACAUCUGCUGGACUUUCUUCCUCCAAACUCCCUUUGUCAGGGGUGGCUGAAAGUGUGGGGAUGACAAGAAAUGGAGACCUUGGUGCAAUGAAACGUUCUCCAGGCCUAUCUAGAGAUUUCAUGUAUCUUUGUGGUGCUACUGGAGAAAAUGGAAUUGAGCAGUCCUGGUUUCCAGCAGUGGGCCAUGAAAGAGAGGAAGAAGUGAGGAAGUUUGAUAUUCCUAACAUAGAACCUACUCUCAAUCAGUCGGCAAUGAUGGAGACACUUUAUUCUGAUCCUAACUACCGAAUCCAUUUCCACAACCCGAGAACCGACACAAGCAAGGAGUUGUACAAAGUGUUGCCUGAGGCCAAGAAGGCACCAGGCAGUGGGGCAGUAUUUGAGCGGAAUAGACCUCACCCUAGUAGCAGUGGGGUGCUCCCUUUGGGACUCCAGCCUGCUCCUGGGCUCUCCAAACCUUUACCCUCCCAGGGAUGGCAGCCGAUUCCUGACACUUGGCAUCCCCGCGAACAAUCUUGUGAACUCAGCACUUGCCGGCAGCAGCUGGAAUUGAUCCGUUUACAGAUGGAGCAAAUGCAGCUUCAGAAUGGAGCCAUCUGCCAUCAUCCUGCUGCUUUUGCUCCUUCACUGCCCAUAUUAGAACCAGCACAAUGGAUCAGCAUCUUGAACAGUAAUGAACACCUUCUGAAGGAAAAGGAGCUUCUCAUUGACAAACAAAGGAAACACAUCUCUCAGCUGGAGCAGAAAGUGCGAGAGAGUGAACUACAAGUCCACAGUGCACUUUUGGGCCACCCUGCCCCCUUUGGGGAUGUUUGCUUGCUGCGGCUCCAGGAAUUGCAACGAGAGAACACUUUCUUACGUGCACAGUUUGCACAGAAGACAGAAGCAUUGAGCAAAGAAAAGAUGGAGCUUGAAAAGAAACUCUCUGCUUCAGAAGUUGAAGUUCAGCUUAUCAGAGAGUCGCUCAAAGUGGCACUGCAGAAGCAUUCCGAGGAGGGGAAGAAACAGGAAGAAAGGGUCAAGGGUCGUGAUAAACAUAUCAAUAAUUUGAAAAAGAAAUGUCAGAAGGAAUCAGAGCAGAACCGGGAGAAGCAGCAGCGUAUUGAGACCUUGGAGCGCUACCUGACUGACCUGCCCACUCUGGAAGAUCAUCAGAAGCAGAGCCAGCAGCUUAGGGAUUCCGAGUUGAAGAGCAUAGAGCUGCAGGAGAAAGUGACUGAGCUGGAGAGUUUGCUGGAGGAGACCCGGGCAAUCUGCAGAGAGAAAGAGGUUCAACUGGAAAGCAUGAAACAGAGAGAAGCAGACUUCUCAUCCACUAAACAUAUCCUGCAAGAUAAGCAGUCUUUGGAGGACACCAGUGGAGAAGGUCCAAAAGUGGAAACGGAGUCUUGGCAGAAGGAAUGUGAUUCUCUCCGGAAGAUUGUGGAGAAGCAACAGCAGAAGAUGGAUCAAUUGCGCUCACAAGUAAAGAGCCUAGAGCAAGAAGUGGCUCAAGAAGAAGGAACAAGCCAGGCCCUCAGAGAGGAGGCCCAGCGAAGGGAUGCAGCCCUCCAGCAGCUGCGCACAGCAGUGAAGGAGCUUUCAGUGCAAAACCAGGACCUGCUUGAGAAGAAUUUGAUGCUCCAGGAACACUUAAGCCAGGCCCAACCAGGGUCUCCAUCUUCACCAGACAUGGCCCAGCUGGCACUUGAGCUGCAUCAAGAAUUAGCAAGUUGCCUUCAAGAUCUACAGGCUGUUUGCAGCAUUGUGACCCAGAGGGCCCAGGGCCAUGACCCCAAUCUCUCAUUGCUACUGGGCAUUCACUCAACACAGUAUCCAGGGACUCAGCUAGAUUUGCAGAAACCAGAUGUGAUCAAGAGGAAACUAGAAGAGGUUCAACAGCUGCGUCGUGACAUCGAGGACCUACGGACCACCAUAUCAGACAGAUAUGCCCAGGACAUGGGAGAAAACUGUGUCACACAGUGAGGAAUGCUGGGGGUGAGACCCCAGGCUGUAUUCCCCCAUGGAGAAUCUGGGUUGCUGAGAGCCUAGUCCAACGGGUUCCUGCCCUGACAAUCUCUUUAUCUCCUGUUGGCUGCUAUUACCAGAGAGAGGAGUUGGAAGGGAGGGAAGAGCCUGCAUCUGGGGUCCAAGGGCUGAUUAGGGAACUGUGCCUGCCCUACACAACACUGGCUUUGCCUUGUUGGAUUAUGUUUAUCCUGUUAUCUUAAUUCACUCUUAAGGGUGAGUUACUAAUUAACUUUUACAGGUACAACUGAUAAAGUCUUCACAAACUGUUCCCAGCCCUAGGCUGACAUCAGAGACAAAUAGGCUGCUCAGCUUUCUGUUCCAUCCUCUCCGAUGGAUCUAUGUUCAUUCCCACUCCAUUCCUUGGUCCUGCUGAUUAGAGAGCUGAUUAGAGGGGCCUGGAAAGGCCAAGUAGCAGUGACAAUAGCUGUUGGAGGAAUUCUCAGGUCCCUUGUACAAGCCUUCUUGGGAACUGAGCUGGCUUUCUGGGUUUUCUCAGCCUGGUCCCACUGCUUCUUCCUCAGGGAUCUUGUUCUUCCAGAAGCUUCAGGAUAAUCUCAUUAGCAACAUACCCACUAAGAUUGGGGGUCUAGGGUUUACAGCCAGGGCUCCUUAAUCUGUCUAUUGUUCCAUUUGUAGGAGACCUCACUGUUCAGCUGCGCCAUAUAGUUAGCACAGCUCUAUUCUCCAUUGUUCUCAGACCUUCCAGGUAGCCCCUUCUUGGUCUUUGAAUGCAAACUAUUCUCUGUAUUUCUGGGCUUGGGCAGAAUUUUCUGCCAGAAGGCCACAGGGUAUCUAACUGUCAAGCUGCUUACUCCCACACGGGGCCUAGAGCCUGUGCCUGGCCCUCUGAUUUGUGCCUCUUAUGCUGGGGCAGUGGAGGAGGGGAGUGUCCUUUCCCUUUCCAGCUCCAGCCUCCUUGAAAGUUCAGUGUACGCAAUGCAAGUCAGCUUUAAGGUGUACAGCUUUCAGUGUUCUCUGGAUUUAUUUUUUUAUUUAUUUCUCUGGAGCCUUUGGACCUUCUGCUUUCUGAUUUUUCUUGCAUCCUGGUUUUGGAAGCAUCUCAAAAUUGUUUGUAUCUGGUUGUUGGGCCAGCCUCAAGCCUCCUCUAGAUCUGGAGCCAGGCCAAGCAGGGGCCGUGCGUAUGGGAGGGCAUUCAGCAGUUCAGGAGCCUGGAGUCAGCCACUACAAGAUUCUUGCUGAGCUUUGGGCUGUUGGCAGCGUCUCGGACCUCAUGCCUGGGCCUGAAUGAAGCUCCUUCUUAAGUGUUUUUACAAGUUAGUGUUUUAUUUAUGGAGUGACUUAUCCCUUCCAUUCAGAGCAGCCCCACCCGGCCACCUCCUCAGCCUCUGGGCUUCUGCCUCCUAAAAGCAGAGCUGCCUGGUUGGAGCCCAGCCACCAUGCUCACGGGUAUUUUUCCUCAUAAUGUUUAUAAGCAGUUAUUUUUAUGAAUCUUUGUUAUGUUAACUUGUUUGUAUUGCCUAUUUUCAUUAUAAAAUAAAAUCUCUUAAACGCCUUAGUUUUCCAUAGCCUUCCAUCACCACCACCACCCUACAUCACCCUUCACUUUGGCUUAUUGGAGCCAAAAGCUGGGUAUUUAGCAAGAUCCCCUGGCAUCAUCAAGGAGGGACCUUUGGUUGGUCCAACUUCAUGUCGGUAUCUCUACCAUUUCUGUUCCUCCGUUCUACGUAAUUGCAAGUAAGAUCUCCUCCCACACCACUUUGUUGGGCAGAGCUGCCCUGAGUCAUAGAGCAAGUUUGUCACUGGAGUUUCAGCAGUCCCCUCAGGAAGUCAGCUGCCUCUGGGUUACUGUUUGCAACUCAGACAGCAAGUGGUAUUCCUCUUGGGCUAUUUACCUAUCUGAGCCCUAGACCUGGGGGGACUUUUUUUUUUUUAGAAACAGAAUCUAACUUUGUCGCCCUCGGUAGAGUGCCGUGGCAUCACAGCUGACAGCAACCUCCAAUUCUUGGGUUUAAGCGAUUCUUUUGCCUCAGCCUCCCAAGUACCUGGGACUGCAGGCGCCUGCCACAACGCCCAGCUAUUUUUUUGUUGUUGCAGUUUGGCUAGGGCUGGGGCCAGGUUUGAACCCGCCAUCCUCAGUAUAUGGGGCUGUUGCCCUACUCACUGAGCCACAGGUGCCACCCAGGGGACUUUUUUUUUUUUUUUUGAUACAUAAUCCCCUCUGUCACCCUGGCUGGAGCCCAAUCACAGCUCACUGUAACCUUGAAUUCCUGGGUUCAAAGUAGCCUCCUAAGUAGCUAGGACUAUAGGCACACACUACCACACCUAGCUAAUUUUUUUUUUUUUUUUUUUAAUUUUUGUAGAAAGGUCUCACUUUGUUGCCUAGGCUGGCCUCUCUCCCCUAAAGUGCUGGGAUUACAGGUUGGAGUCACUGGCCUGGCCCUGAGGGGACUUCUGAGAAGCUUUGUGCCUAACCCCAGACAGAUAGCUGUCUCCAAAGUUGCUGGCAUCUGUACCCUCUGAAGCCCUGGCAGUAAUGGCACUUUUGAAAUACCAUUUGCACCAUUGAGUUGGGGUUGAGCUGGGGCUACCCCUAAACCAGAAGUGGGUCUUUAACGAGGGCCAGCAUAAACCCAGGCUCUCAGUCCUGACACCAACCUGAGUUUUUCGGAGCUGUCAGCCUCUCACUUUGGUCUCCAUCUGGCUCCUUGAGGGUGUGGCCUCUGACUCCUGCCAUCACUCUUCCUUAUCUAAACCUGCCUGAGUGGAGAGGAACUUUAGGGAAAAUCCCUAAACUCGGGCUGCUCCUGCUUUGGUAUGCUUCCCAUUCACCAGGGUCAAUGGUGUGUCUGUUGUGUGUGUGGGGGGGAGUCCCUUGGAGCAAGGUUUCCUACUUUGGCACCUUUGAAUUUGAAAACACCACAAGCCUUCCAAAGCCCCAAGUUUUUAUGGCACCUCCUUCCGGGAGACUAAGGGUGGGGAGCUGGAUGCACCAAACCUGGGUGAGGCUGGGCAGGAGGUCUUUGCCAGACCCUCGCCCCUGCCCGCCCGGCCUUUCUUGCCGUUUAGUCCCUCCCCAGACGUCACGUUAUGAGCCCUAGACAAGAAAGGCUGAAGGAGGGGAACUGUGCAGCUGCAGAAAGGACGGUUCUGCGUGGGACGGGUCCUCUGCCCGCCCGGCCACAGAAGAGGAAGGGAGGGGGCCACUGGCGUGAGGGGCGGUGUCGCGCAGGCCCCGCCCUGCCUGUCCGCACCGCCCAUUGGUCCCGACUGCUGUGACUCGCGGGCGGAGCAGGAAGGAAACCGCUCCCGAGCGCGGCGGCGGCGUCGUCUCCCGGCACUGCAGCUACCGCUCCCACUGCCCCUCCUCACGUCCGUCUUCCCGCAGCAUGAGCGGCCUGCGCGUCUACAGCACGUCGGUCACCGGCUCCCGUGAAGACUAUGAGCUCUUCGUGGAGGCUGUGGAACAAAACACGCUGCAGGAGUUCCUGAAGCUGGCCUGAAUCAGGCCAGCCUGCAGAUUCCCCACUGGACUCCCAUGUCACCAUGUUCUCCCCACAGCCCUCACUUGGCCAUGAAUGACCUUGUGACCAACUCUCUGCCAUUCCUAACUUUCUGACCUCAGAGUCCCUCCCCUGCAACCCAGGCCCCUUCUCCACUCUCUAACUGUAGCCUCCUCUUCUCCAUUCAAAGGCAGCAUUCCUUAUCCACUUAGUCUCAGAAAUUGUCUUAAUAACAGCCCCAAAUGCUGGCUGUUCCCAGCCAGGCCUUGGGACUGCCACCCUGCCUGGCACUAGGUGAUGGGCACCACUGUUGGUUCCAUUAGCCAGAGCUCUGCCAAAGGCCCCGCAACACCCCCCAACAGGAGCACCCUAGAGAUGAUUAAAUGCCCAUUCCACUG